AUGUCUGAACUAAUGAAUGUCGACGACUCUACCGAUUCAUAUGACUCGGAUUUCAUAUCAGUCAUUAGACGGAUCUACUCUCUCAUCAACUCUAUGGAUUUGGAUUCGCAAUCGAAGCCGGAGUCGGAGCUCAUGUCACUCAUUAAGCAAAUAAUCUCUCUUUUCAGCUCCAUAUCGGAUUCGGAGCCGGAGUUAAAGUUCAAAUCAGUCCUGACCGAAGUGAUCUCUCUCCUAAGCUCUAUAGAUUCCGAUAUGGAACCGAGGCAGGAGCAAGUGCAGGAGCUCAUGUUACUCAUUGCUCAAGUUUCCGAUUGUAUCCAUUCUAUGGCUCCGGGUUCAGAGCUCAAAUCCGGCGUUACUCGAUUACUGUCUCUCCUUGACCCUACGGAGCCGAAGCAGGACAAUCUUAUUUCUAUGGAUUCAGAUUUGGAGCCGGAAUCGAAGCUCAUAUGGCUCCUUUCUCAACUCUUCUAUGUGCAUCCUCUAUCACUAGAUUCAAAGGACGUACCACUCAUUCAUCAAGUAAUCUCUUUGCUCAAAUCUAUGGAUUUGGAUCCACAGCCGAAGCCGGAGUCGAGGCUCAUGUCACUCACUACUCAAACAAUCUCUCUUUUCAACUCUAUGGAUCUGGAUUCAGAGCCUGAGGCACUGUCGGAGCUCAUAUCAGUCUUUUCUCAGAAACCCAACUCAUGGGAUUUGACAUUAGUAUUACUUAUUGAUGCCACAUUGGAUCUCGAGCCAGAGCCGGAGCUCAUGUCACUCAUCCAUCAGAUAUUCUCCCUAGCCAUCUCUAUGGAUUCAAAGUGCCAGAAGCUUAUUUCCUUAUGCCCUCAAGUAGAGGUAGAUUACGAAGAAGGGAAACUUCGUGUGACUGGAAAAGUAGAGGGGAGCAAUAAAAGGAGGGAUUGUCUCCCUAUGUCCUGGAAAAAAUUCAGUUUACCUGGGGAAGAAGCUACCCAUUUUCGCUGCGUUGGUUGCAAUGGGGAGAAACAUGGAACAUUUGAAAAGGCUCCACUCAAGAUCAAACACUCUUCAUCCAAAACAUUCUCUUCAACUUGUCUUGCGGAGGGAAUAUGCUAA